GGGGAGGGCAUAAAAACACACACAUUUGCGGCAGAUGUAACAAAAAAAAAGGUCGAAUCAGCCAAGAGUGAAGGUUUUUGGAAGGAGAGAAGCCAGGGGAGAGUGGUUUCUUGUUCCUUGUUCUGAAACAGAUUCUGUAGGUCAUCAUUUGCUCACUUCUGCUUGCAUCAUGUCGCUGCUGACUCACGUGCUGGCGUGUCUGUUUGGAAUGGGCUCCUGGGUGGCCAUCAAUGGGAUGUGGGUGGAGCUCCCCUUGAUCGUAAAUGAUAUCCCAGAGCACUGGUUGCUGCCCUCCUACCUCACAGUCCUCAUCCAAAUGGCCAACAUAGGCCCUCUCUUCAUCACGCUGAUGCACCGCUUCCGCCCAGGGGUGCUCGAUGAGCGGCCGGUCAUCUACGGCAUUGUAGGAUUGGGCAUCGUUGCUACAUUCCUUCUGGCUUUCCUUUGGAAGCAUACAGUGACCUUCGGAAACUCUGUGCAUAGUGUUCCACUGCUGACAUUGAGUUUCCUGCUAUCUGUGGUGGACUGCACCUCAUCUGUUACCUUUCUUCCUUUCAUGAUGCGGCUGCGUCCACAAUAUCUCACAACGUAUUUUGCAGGUGAGGGCCUCAGUGGUCUCGUGCCUGCAGUGGUGGCACUUAUUCAAGGCGUUGGUGUAGUUCACUGUGAAAAUGCCACUUUAUCUAAUAAUUCCAACAUAACUGACAAUGGAAUGCUACAGGCCAUCUACCAGCCUGCUAAAUUCUCUGCACAGGUCUUCUUCAUAUUCCUUAGUGUAAUGAUGGUCGUGUGUCUGGUCGCUUUCCUCCUACUCAAUCACCACCCAGCUGUGGCUCGUGAGAGAAAAAGCGAACGGUACUUCAGUGGGGAACUUGAUCGUGAGAAGAAAGAACAAGGCCUAUCUCUGAAUGCCCAGACACCAGAGCAAAAGCCCAUGAUCAGCCCCUCGGAGGCUGGCAAGAGGGAACCUAGGAGUUCUUUCGGGAGGGGGACAUAUAGUAUCUUUGAGGUGGUCUUUAUCUUUGUAGUGUUGGCUUGGGUCAAUGCUCUGACCAAUGCAGUGCUGCCUUCAGUGCAGUCCUACUCAUGCAUGCCUUACGGGAACAAGGCUUACCAUCUAGCUGCCACCAUGGGAGCUGUUGCUAACCCUGUGGCUUGCUUCAUCGCCAUGUUCAUACCAAUAAGGUCUCUUGUCUUCAUGGGAGUUUUGACCAUUUUUGGGACUGGAUUUGGAGCCUACAUUAUGGGCAUGGCUGUUCUAAGUCCCUGUCCUUUGCUGGUCCACAGUACCUCUGGAACUGUAGUCAUAGUGCUGGCCUGGAUACUCUUUGUCCUCACCCUAUCUUAUGUCAAAGUCAUCAUUGGGGUGAUCCUGAGGGAUGAAGGCCACAGUGCCCUCGUGUGGUGUGGAGCUGUAGUGCAGCUGGGUUCAAUGCUUGGUGCUCUAACCAUGUUUCCACUUGUUGGUUUCUAUCAGUUUUUUAAAUCGGGUGAUGCUUGCAACACUAAGUGUCCAACAUAGAUGUAAAAUGUGUCUAAGUUCAACUCUGCUGUACAGAACUCUAGCAUUAAUUGCACUUGUUUUAGUAGAACUGCACUUAUUCCAACUUGUUGUAAGAGAGCUGGCAAGUUAUAGAUGAAAAUCCACCACAGUAUCACUCCGUGUUUUUUUUACCUAAGUUCUGUUUGUAAAUUUCAUAUACUUUAUCAGUAGUUAAUGAUGUAUGAAGUACACAUACACCCAGUGCUUAGCAAAUUAUUUGGACCACCUCUCAUAAAAACAAGAAAACACAAAUAAUUUCACAAAGUUUGAAUUCACACUUUUAUACCCAAAUCUGAACGGACAAACUGGACCUUAUCUGAGAAGUCAGAAUCAAGCACAACAUUCAACCACUAAAACAAACUUUUCUGUUCAGUAAUACAAGUAAAUGAGUAUAAAUUGUCAUCUUAAUUUUGAAAAAUAAUUGAAAGACAAGCUGUAUUUUUAUUUAUUUAUUUAUUUUUUGUGAAACACAAAAUUUGAAAAGUCUACUUGCAAAAAUUGAUGCAGUCUCUUUAAUUCAUUAAAGAAACAUAAAAUAAUGAUUUUGGUAAUUACCAGUAUUAUUAAUAUAGAGCUGCUGUGGCACAAACCUUACAUUGGAUGGUGAUCUAAUAAAUUUGUUAAGCACUAUAUCCAUCAAUAGUGUCUCAGACUACAAAAAGACCAAACUAAAUAGUGUUCUGCCACUGAAUAUAUCAAUAUAAUAUACAAAACCUUGUCGGUUCAAAAGGUCAAAGCUAUUUUACUUGAAGUUUGAACAUCAUGUCAGAUGAUGAUGUUCAACAUGUACUUUAUUGAUUUUGCUUUAUAAGAAGUUAUGGUACUGUCGCCUUUAAAAUGUGCCUUAAUUCUAUAAAAGGACCUGGGCAUUUUGGGGGAUAGACUACUGUGUUGUUUAAAUAAAUCUACAAUGUGCUUUGUAUAUGUUACUGAAGUGGAGAAACUGUUGAACAAUACCAAAUAAAACAUUUGUUUAAUUACUGUCUAAAAAAA